ACAGCGGGCAUCGAGUCAACUGGCGGAACAGCGGGCACCGAGUCGUCUGGCAAGACUGCGGGCACCGAGUCGUCUGGCAAGACUGCGGGCACCGAGUCAACUGGCGGAACAGCGGGCAUCGAGUCAACUGGCGGAACAGCGGGCACCGAGUCGUCUGGCAAGACUGCGGGCACCGAGUCGUCUGGCAAGACUGCGGGCACCGAGUCGUCUGGCAUUGGAUCGUCUGGCUCGACAGCGGGCAUCGGGUCACCAGGCAUCAGGUCAUUUGGCUCGCCAGUGGGCACCGCGUCAUCUGGCAAGGCAGUGGGCACCGAGUCACCAGGUACGACAGCGGGCUCUGAGUCAAUUGGCACGACAGCGGGCACUGGAUCAGGUACCGGAUCAUCUGGAUCAACAGCGGGCAUUGAGUCAACUGCC